CCACUCUCCAGCCGGCCGCCCGACAGACGCAGCCUCGUCCGAGCCCGCCCAGCCUCGCCCGCGCCGCCACCAUGAGCCAGGCCUACUCGUCCAGCCAGCGCGUGUCCUCCUACCGCCGGACCUUCGGCGGAGGCCCCAGCUUCUCGCUCGGCUCCCCCCUGAGCUCACCGGUGUUCCCGCGCGCGGGCUUCGGCUCCAAGGGCUCCUCGAGUUCCAUGACAUCCCGCGUGUACCAGGUGUCGCGCACGUCGGGCGGGGCCGGGGGCCUGGGGUCCCUGCGCUCCAGCCGGCUGGGGUCCACCCGCGCCCCAUCCUACGGCGCGGGGGAGCUGCUGGACUUCUCGCUGGCCGACGCCGUGAACCAGGAGUUCCUGACCACACGCACCAACGAGAAGGCAGAGCUGCAAGAGCUCAACGACCGCUUUGCCAACUACAUCGAAAAGGUGCGCUUCCUGGAGCAGCAGAAUGCCGUGCUCACGGCCGAGGUGAACCGGCUCAAGGGCAGGGAGCCCACCCGAGUGGCCGAGAUCUACGAGGAGGAGCUGCGCGAGCUGCGGCGCCAGGUGGAGGUGCUCACCAACCAGCGUGCCCGCGUGGAUCUCGAGCGCGACAAUCUCAUCGAUGACCUGCAGCGGCUCAAGGCCAAGCUGCAAGAGGAAAUUCAGUUAAGAGAAGAAGCAGAGAACAAUUUGGCUGCCUUCCGAGCGGAUGUGGAUGCAGCCACUCUAGCACGUAUUGACUUGGAGCGCAGAAUCGAAUCUCUCAAUGAGGAAAUCGCGUUCCUUAAGAAAGUUCAUGAGGAGGAAAUCCGAGAACUGCAGGCCCAGCUUCAGGAACAGCAGGUGCAGGUGGAGAUGGACAUGUCCAAGCCAGACCUCACGGCCGCCCUCAGGGACAUCCGGGCUCAGUACGAGACCAUCGCGGCUAAGAACAUUUCGGAAGCUGAGGAGUGGUACAAAUCCAAGGUGUCCGACCUGACCCAGGCAGCCAACAAGAACAACGAUGCACUACGCCAGGCCAAGCAGGAGAUGAUGGAAUACCGGCAUCAGAUCCAGUCCUACACCUGCGAGAUCGACGCCCUCAAGGGCACUAACGACUCCCUGAUGAGGCAGAUGCGGGAGAUGGAGGACCGCUUUGCCAGCGAGGCCAAUGGCUACCAGGACAGCAUCGCACGCCUGGAGGAGGAGAUCCGGCACCUCAAGGAUGAGAUGGCCCGUCACCUGCGGGAGUACCAGGACCUGCUCAACGUCAAGAUGGCCCUGGAUGUGGAGAUCGCCACCUACAGGAAACUGCUGGAGGGCGAGGAGAGCCGGAUCAGCAUGCCUAUCCAGACCUACUCUUCCCUCAACUUCCGAGAGACCAGCCCCGAGCAAAGGAGUUCUGAGGUCCAUACCAAGAAGACGGUGAUGAUCAAGACCAUCGAGACCCGGGACGGGGAGGUUGUCAGUGAGGCCACACAGCAGCAACACGAGGUGCUCUAAACCAGAGACUCCUCCGCCAGAGACCACCCCGGCCCCUGUCCUCACUGCCUUCUGAAGCCAGCCUCCCCUCCAUCCCAGGGCACACACAGCCACCGUGCUCCCCUCACAGCCUCUAGCCCCUGCCACCAGCCUCCCACAUGGUCCCCACAGGGACAUGGCACUUCCCUGCCCGGCACAGAGCACAGCCCAGUCGCGAGUCCUGGAUGUUAGGAAAUGAGUGAGCCUGGCUCUUGGCCGCCCUGAAUGUGCAAGGUGUGCUGGGGGGGCUGGAGGCAGCCAGGGCAGAGUGGUGACCCUGCCCCUCCCUCCUCGGGACCCCAGGCUCCGGCUCAGGAGAGGGCCUCAGAGUAGGGUUUCAGGAGCCCUCAGGGUCAGGAUCAAGCCCCUUGGACCUCCCCACACUCCAGCCCAGGUCAGAGACAGAGAGGGCAAGGAACUGGGGGACUAGCCCCCUGUGGAGACCAGGGCAGGACUUGAAGCUGACCCACGGUCCCUUACUUUCCCAGGGUGGGCUUAGAAAGCAGGGGCUGCAAGAGGGAAUCCCCGAAGGUGCCAGAUGUGGGAGCAGGAGAUUCAGAAGGAGAGACAGUGGAUGGGAUGCUGGAGAGGAGAGGAGAGAGGCGGAGAGUGGUCUCUGGCAGGUGGGAGGGGUGCCCACCUCCGUGCCUGCCCCUCCCCCCACGGCAGGGGCUCUGGACAGAAACAAUAAAAAGAU